AUGACUAUUUUAACUAAAAAGAAUAUCAAUUAUAUUUUAAAAGCUGGAUAUGUCGGUGGUUCCUGCCAUGAAGAUGACGAGGGACAGCCUUGUCUAAAUGAUGAGAAUACGUUAUGUGCAGACAAAACUUGCUUCUGUAUACCAGGAACUCACAUCAGAGCAGGAAUGUGUAUAUUUGAUGAGACGUUUGGCGGCCGAUGCAGCGGGCGUAAUGGUGAAAUUUGUCUGCUAGAUGACAACGCCGAAUGUGUGCAUGGUUUGUGUAUAUGUAAAUACGGUAGUACCAGCACAGAAAGAAAAUGCUUUAAGGAUGAAAUGUACCAAGGAAGAUGUUUUGCAGACGACGGGGAGGAAUGUGAUCAAGACCAAAAUGCUGAAUGCAGGGAUAAUAUUUGUGUAUGUAAGGAGAAUGCAAUCCCAAUAGAUGGAAAAUGUAAACUUGAUGAAACGUACCAAGGAAGAUGUUUUGCAGACGACGGGGAGGAAUGUGAUCAAGACCAAAAUGCUGAAUGUUGGGAUAACAUUUGUAAAUGUAAGGGGAAUGCAAGCCCGAUAAAUGGAAAAUGUGAACUUGAUGAAAUGUACCAAGGAAGAUGUUUCGCCGAAGACGGGGAGGAAUGUGAUCAAGACCAAAAUGCUGAAUGUAGGGAUAACAUUUGUAAAUGUAAGGAGAAUGCAAGCCCAAUAAAUGGAAAAUGUGAACUUGAUGGUGCCCUACAUGGAAUGUGCAUACAAGGGGAGUGUUUUGAAGACAAUAUUGUCUGUGACUCAACAUCGAACACAUGUAUCUGCAAAACAACUCACCAUCCUUUCGCAGGAGAAUGUGUGAAAAAAUGACAGGCAUAGUACGUAACAGUCCAUACGAAUAAGGAGUGUAAUAAACAAGAAAACGAUAUCUGAGAAUAUUUGAAGGUGUGAAAUAUCACGAGAAACUAAUUAAGGAAUAACGUUUUGUCUUCGAUGAUUGAUUUUGAUUAUUGUUUCCACGACACAUUUGGCUGUAUUCGCUUGUUUUCAUACGGGCUGUAUUGUAGUAGGGCUGAAUGGGUUUGAUGUCGAUUGAUGUUUCGGUUUUGUUGGGGGCAAUGCCCCCAGAUUUAACAAACCGUCUUUCAAUUUUCUUGUCGAGCUUAUGACCAACCUGACAACACACAGAAAACAAAGUAUUUACCAAACAUAACUUUAAUAUUGCAUUUUCCAAUUAUAUUUUUGAUCCAGAUAUGAUUAAAUAGAUCUACACAUUUUAUAUUUACAACAGUAUCUGAAGAAAACUAAACUGCAUUAUAAAUAUAAAUUAUAAUAGAUCUACUUAAGCGUAAGAAUAAUAAAGACACUUGAUUUGAUCACGUGGUCGAUUCUGAAACCGACACUUGUUUUUUAUCAUGUGACCUAUUCUGAAAUCCAAUAACUAGUUUCAAUUCGCUAACAAAAAUGUGUUCUUGAUUCUAGCAACUACUAAGGAAUUGCAACGCCACUGAUAAGCCAACAGAUUAUUGAUUUUUUCAUCGCCGUGCCUCGACACCGUUGUUGGAGAAACUUUAUCAGUUUGCGGCGAUCACUACCGUUUAUCAGUAGGCGAAUCUAUAAAUAUGCGGCAACAUCCUAUAGAGGCAUACAGACACUAAAUAGAAAAAUGGCGCGAAAAAAAUCGCAUAAUGGCGGAUAUAAAUAGUCCUCAGUUUUUUUUGCACUGUAGAGCUUUUUUCCUUAUUUUCUUUGCAAUUGUUUUGCUAAAAUCACAUGACAGAUCUAUGCUUGACAUGUAGGUAGCAUUUUCAUAAUGAAAUAACAACAUGACAAAUUUUUUCAUGGAAACUUAGGUCAUACACCACCAAUAUAAUUUGGGAUCUCAUUUUUAGUGAUUUUGCAGUUUGUGUGUUUGACUGAAAUUAUUUUUCUUCCAUCAAACAUGACCCCCACUUUUCUUUUGAUUUUUAGUUAGCACUGACAAUAUUCUUCAAGAAAAUGUAAGUUACAGACAUUUAAGAUGGGUCCUGAUGUGUGCUGCGGUCAUUGGAAAUAGGCCAAUUUUAUAUAGAAUAAAGAACAACAACUA